AUGGCUUUACUCAAGGCAGUUCUGAUUGUUCAUUUGUUCAUCAAGAAAUAUGAAACAUCUUUCAUGGCACUGCUAGUAUAUGUAGAUGAUGUAAUACUAGCUAGUGAUAAUUUGCAAGAAAUUCAGCUCUUAAAGGAUUUUCUGCAUGACCAAUUCACUAUAAAAGAUUUGGGGCCACUAAAAUACUUUCUUUUUUUGGAAGUAGCAAGAGCCAAAACAGGCAUCUCCCUUUACCAAAGAAAGUAUACACUAGAUAUUCUUCAAGACACGGGUAUCAUUGGUUCAAAAGCUGCUGCCUUUGUAAUGGAAUCUAAUCUCAAGUUGACUGCUGAAGAUCCUAAUCUCUAUGAAGAUCCACCAGCCUAUAGAAGACUUGUUGGCAGGUUAUUGUACUUAACACUCACAAGACCAGACCUUGCUUAUUCUGUCCAAGUCUUAAGUCAAUUCCUUGCCAAACCUACUGUUAGCCACUACCAAGCAGCCAUUAGAGUGUUAAGGUACUUAAAGGCCACACCAGGACAAGGCUUGUUCUUUUCAGCAUCAUCAGAACUCCAACUUAAGGCUUUCUCAGACAGUGACUGGGCAGGGUGCAUUGACACAAGAAGAAGUGUAACAUGA